GUUUCACAAAUUGAGAAGGACAGACAUGAGGUGGAGAGAGGCUGAGCUUAUUCACCAGUGGCUGGUGGUCUUCCUGCUGUAUCUCAGACCGGUGGGAACCGGCCAACUGCCCUCAGUAGCUGCCCGGUGCACACAGACAGCAACAUUACCCUGCACAGCGAGGAGGGAGGUGAUGCAGAGCUACCGGGCUGUCAGCUGGUAUAAGGUAGGCGAGGCAACGUUGAGCGGAAUUAUUCGGAAGGUUGGAAAUGAAAUGGUUCGUUACAAGCAUUUCGCUGGGAAUGCGAUGAUUACUGAGAAUGACUCACUUGUCAUUGCUCGGGUGACUGAAGAUGAUGCUGGAAUAUAUCGCUGCUCCCUACUUGCCCCACUUGGGGGUAUGAAUCAGGAUGGAGAUGUGACCCUUUCAGUAUGUUUACCCCUGGAUCCGGUCACAGAACCUGCAGUAACCUCACUGAGAAGGACUGCCACUGCUUCGCUGCUUCAUUCUCGGUCAGGUGUCUGUCUCUGUGUGCCAGACAUUCUCUCGUUCAUCACCUGCCUGAGCUCUAUUGCUGUGUUAACCAUGGUGAAAGGCCUAGCCUGUUGCUGCACUGUCUGGGUUUUCAGAAAAAUGAGGUGUCCAAAUCAGGAGACUCCAGAAGCCGGUGGGAAGGUGGAGGUGGUACCAUCCCUGAGGGAACACAUCCAGAGGGUUUCUCUGGAGAAAGAUCAGAGGGGUGUGAGAGUGCGGUCACAGCUGGGUGGCCCGGUCCAUUGUGUGUGGACAGUGGGACAUGUCUGACACAGGCAGGAGCAGGGACAGGGAACUCGGUGCCGUCUCCCUGACUCGGCUCCUCUGGGAACCUCUCACUGCCUCUUCUGUCCAUUCAGUCGGAAAAGCACAGGAUCACAGUGACUCCCAGGCCUGUGGGGAGGCCUCACAUCGAGACCAAAUCCUGGCCGUUCCAGCUCACUCACUCAGUCCCCUGAGGAGCAUUGAAAGAAUGGAGGAACUAAGUUAGACCAACACUGAGCAUGUUCCUGGUUUCCUCAGGACAGGGGUACAGGGCAUCCCCACUGGGUAAAUGUACACCUUUGUGCAUAACGCACUCACAGGAUAUUGGUCACCCGCGAGGUACAGAGCAUUCCAAUGGGCAGAAAGCACCCAAGGGGUUACAGGACAUCCAACAGGGUACGGGGCACCCAUUGUGCACAGGGCAAUGGGUGCAGGGCAUGAUUCUGGGUGCAGAGCACCUAUAGGCUAUGGGACAACAUACAUUCUAAUUCACUGUUAGCCAUUUCAUAAGGAUUCAAUAAGCAAUACGCUGCAGAGUUAAACAGCAGGGAUAGGGAUCAAUCAGAUAGCUAUUAUAAAAUCUCUUGGACCAGGCUAAGGGAAAGUUAAAAAUCACACAACACCAGGUUAUAA